AUGGACUUGAAUGUCGUUUCUUCGUUAUAUGAGGAGUUGUUGCUGUCUGCUAAUAACAACGACGACGGCGAUGAUGAUGAGGGGCUUUAUUUGCUCGACGGUGGCAAUAGCUUUGUUGCGGUAGUGUUGGGUGGCGAAGACAUCCUUGGAUCGGCUUUAGGUAGCAAUGAAACUAGUGAGUUUGGGCAAGUAGGAGGUGUUGUUGAAGAGAAAGAGAGUGUAAAAUGGUGGAGAAAACGAAGGGGAGAAAGGAGGAGCACCUUCAAGAAGAAGGCUCCUAAGGCCAUAAAAGAGAUCAGGAAGUUCACUCAGAAGGCUAUGGGAACAAAGGAUGUGAGAGUGGAUGUUAAGCUGAACAAACACAUCUGGAGCAGAGGGAUUCGAAGUGUCCCAAGAAGGAUCAGGGUUCGCAUUGCUCGUAGGAGAAAUGAUGACGAAGAUGCAAAGGAAGACCUCUACUCCCUUGUGACUGUUGCAGAACUCCCACCAGAAGGACGAAAGGGGCUUGGCACCAAGGUUAUUGAAGAGGAUGAUUGA